AUGCCCGAAGUUCAACUAUCAUCACCUCAUCGUGGUAAACGAGCAGAUAAUCCAUAUGAACAUCUAAAGCAAACUAUGGCUAGAAUGCGCAGAGGAGAAAAUAAAAAUAAUAUGGAUAUCAUUAUAAACGAAACACCUGCAAAGUUUUCAGAAAAGACAAUAAAUAAAGCACGCAAGGUUCUUAAAGGUUAUCAGGAACUUUUUGAUCUUUUAAACCGGAAUGUAUCCUUGGGUGAAAGUAAUACGUGUAUACUUAUAGGUCCAACUGGUUGUGGAAAAACUGUGUUACUUAAAAAGGCUUAA